GGCGGGCUGACGUCAGGCCGGGGCCGGCCGGGAGCGGCGGCGGCGGCAGGAGGUAUUGUUGUGAAAUACUGACAGCUCACCCCCGUCUUUCUCUUCAGUCUACCGGAUAAAGUAACAAUGGCAUUCGUGAAGAGCGGCUGGCUGUUCCGGCAAAGUACUAUUUUACGGCGUUGGAAGAAGAACUGGUUUGACCUAUGGUCUGAUGGCCGUUUAAUAUUCUAUGAUGAUCAGAAUCGCCAUGAUAUAGAAGAUAAAAUCCACAUGCGAAUCCAUUGUAUCAACCUCAGAGUGGGGAAUGAAUGUCGAGAUUUCCAGCCUCCAGAAGGGAAGCAGAGAGACUGUUUACUGCAGAUUGUUUGUCGUGAUGGAAAGACAGUCAACCUCUGUGCAGAAAGUGCAGAUGACUGCCUGGCAUGGAAAAUUGCUCUUCAGGAUGCCAGAACACACACGGGCUAUGUGGGAUCUGAUGUGAUGUAUGAUGAGACAGCCAUUUCCUCAGCCCCUCCUCCCUAUACAGCUUAUGCUACACCAUCACCUGAGGUUUAUGGCUACGGUCAGUACAAUGGUGCAUAUCCUGCUACGGGUCCUCAGGUCUUCUAUGCCUCCAAUGGACAAGCCUAUGCUGUUCCCUACCAGUACCCAUACCAAGGACCUUAUGGCCAACCCCCUGCAAACCAUGUCAUUAUUCGAGAGCGGUACCGUGACAGCGAUGGAGACCUUGCACUCAGCAUGCUUGCUGGAGCAGCAACUGGAAUGGCUCUGGGAUCGUUAUUCUGGGUCUUCUAGACUACCCAUUCCUAAUCUUUGUAGUUCCCAAAACCUUUGUGUGCAAUAAUAUAUUGGCAAUGUUGUUUACUGUUCAACUUUUAAAAUGCAAUAGUUAUUUUUCAGUAGCAACAUCUUAAUAACUGAUUCUUAACUGUCCAAAGGAGAGUUUAAAGGCACUAUUUAGUUAAGCAGUUAGAGAAGGCAUGUGUUGAACUCUGUUCUGAUGUAGUAGGAUCUGUAGUGAUAAGGAUCAAUAUGAGCACCAACGUAACACAUGAGCAGUCAGUAGCUUAAUAAACAGGCUAUUAACAUAAACACUGUAGAAGGAUAUUUUGGGGGGGUCUAAAAUCCAGGCCAAAUAGAAGGUUUAUAGGAGCCUUGAAUUAGCAUAUAUAUACUACUGGUUUCUGAACAUUCCCCACACAAACAUACAGCUCAGCUCAAAGUCCUUGGCAUUAGGCAAUCUGCCAUGCUUAAGGACUUUCUGCUUUUAAACUUGCCUGCAGAUGGUAGUGUCUUUUCUUAAAUGGAGUCCUGUACUUGUCUUUGACACCAUCUAGGCAAAGUUGUCUGAAAACAUAUAAAGAAAACUGCUAAGAAGCAAUGGCAGUCCUCAGUUCUUUUAUUCUCCCAGAAAUGUGAAUGACCAGUGAGUGGCAAGAAAGACCAGUAUUUGGUGUUCCAGCUCACUCUUUAUCCUGAGUCACUCCCCUCUGCUCAGAUGGAAGCAAUGGAUCUUUAGUUUCACAAGUUGUCCUCCUUGUCUGUAGAAGUCAGUCUCAUCAGGUGCUGUAACCACCACAGUACUGAGGAAGAAGCCAUUGCCUGAUAUCUCUGCUCAUGAUGACAUUGCUGUCUCUGCAGGAGGAAAGCUAACUUGAGCAAACCUUGCCUUGUCAGCCCUGCCAUUUUUCCCUCUACAUGCAGUAAUAGAGAAGAGAGAAGAGACACAAACAGCACAAGUGCAGACAGGCACUUUGAUAUCAGCUGCCAUGCCACAACUGGUAUAGCAUCUGCUUCUCCUAAGCCUCCAAGGUUUCCUGGACUAGCUUCAUUAUUUGCAACUGGGUUUGAGCAUAGCUGAGACUGGGUUUGUUCUAUGCACAGUACCCUGCACCUAUAACAAUUUCUUCUUCGCUUCCAUGAGUUAAGGAAAACACUCCAAGGAACCUACCUGGCUGUUUAUGGUUUUCUGGCUGGUUCCUUACACAGUGUGCUCCUGCAGGCUGCUGUGCUAUGAACUGGAACCCAGAGUGCAACCAUUGUGUGUUGUAGUGUUUCAUUAUCCUGCUGUAAUCCAUGCUGAGCUGUGCUUGGCAGAGGAAGGAAAGCUGAGAAGAAAUGCACCUUUCUUAAUGAAGUAAAAAGAGGCAGGGUGCCCAAGUUGAAUUCUGUAUAGUAAGAGGACUUAUUUUUAUACUUUUGCUUUCAGCUUCCUGUAAUCAUACUGUUGUAAUGUUAAGGCUUUCUUCUUUUUAUGCUUUCAUUCAGUCUUAAGUUUAUUUCCUCAAGGUUCAGAGGGUUUCAGGUAUGUCAGAAAAGAUGAAAGUAGAUGAGAAUUUGCAUCUGUAUAAGUACAGGUCAAGCUCUGACAUUUUUCAUUUCAUGCUAACACUGUUUUGUCUGUAUCCUAUGUAUUUAAGCAGCAGGGGUGUUAGGCAAGUUUGGAUAACAGGCAAGGGAAAUGCUAAGUUUUCCUGACUCUUAGGACCAACACCAAUUAACUGAAAUCAUCAGAAGAAAAACGUAUGUUGUCUUGGCUGCAUUACUAAGAGUGGGCCUAAUCCAGGGAUUGUAAACUUUCAAGAAGCUUUGGCGUGGAGCCAUAUAUCAAUGUCCAUGCAUGUCCUUUCAAAGAUUAAUAAAAGCUGCAUAUGUUCUGCCAAUGAUGUGUAGUAAAAGGGCUUUACUUGUUGGAGGUUCAAAAGAGGACUAAAGCAAAAGUUUCCUACUGAUAAUCCAAACCAAAAGGAUUUAGAGUACACUACUGAACUUCUCAUGGAGGCCUGGUACCACUGAGCUCAGGAGGAUGGUGACUGCCUGAAACCUAUGCAAACAGACAUUUCUAACCUUUUUAAGCCUUGAGAUAACUGAAUAUAGGUCUACACUAUUUAGUUUGUGCUUCAUAUAUAACUGAUUAUGCAGAAUGCCUCCAUCUCUUUUUCCUCGUGUGAUGUUUAGCUUAGGAGGGGUAAAACAAUUGAAAAAUCAUUCUAAUUUCCUUUGAAUUCCAUAAUGAUUGUGAAAGAAUAGCACAAAAUGGAUCAGCUAGUAAGUUCAGAUGUUUUUUCCUUUUUAUUUUUUAAUACCAAGAGCUGUUGAUCAUAGCAGGGAAACAUAUGCCUUGUGUUUUCAGAAAGUAGUGGCAUCUGGGUCCCCAAUUUCUUCAAGUGAAGUACAUAAAGAUUGUGCUGAUCACAGAAUAUUAUUGUUUUUUUUCUUGGGUUUAAAAUCAAAGCAAGAAAUGAUCUAUUUUAAAAGUUCAAACUGAAGCAUUAAGGAUACAACCUUACCAAAUAGUGCAUUUCAAGGGGAAAAGUUUUGCAAAUUGGAGGUGAAAAAUAGGAUGCUUUAUACAAAACCAUGAGCUCCUUUUCUAUCCUAGUAGCACAGGCAUUCAGAAGUCAGAAAGUAAAUGUAUGAAACUGUGCUGUGAUAUAAGAAAUACUUCAUAUAUCUGCAGUCUGUGUAGAUGCAGACGUGAGCUGAAGGAGCAGGGCCAGAAUGCAUUUCAGGUCUUGGGGGUACUGCCACGUCAACUUCUGCAGACAGUUGAUACCGUAGUAAUGGAAAGAGAGUUCUUGGUGCUGCUUACCCUGAUAGUGGGUUUGGCAAAAUCAUUUUCAAAACUGAUGAAAAUUAUAGUCCUAAACUUGUUUCUAAAUCAUGCUCUUCAUGAUGCAGUAAUUCCAGUUAAAGCUGCACAGCACCCAGGCAUGUACUUUCCUUGCUGGGUCUCCAUACUUGAACUUCUUAAAACUGUGGGAACUCCACAGCCACUGCAGUGCCAUUGUUUUUUGCAGUGUAUGCUAUCAAUGAAGGAUGAAAAAAUCUGUUCCACAGCAGUUAUGGCCUAUCCAGAAUUAAAUGUUAGGGCUUACAGAGGUCUCGAGUUUAUACAGGUAGAUGCGACUACUUUUUUUCCAGACUCAAAAAUCCUGGACCAAACCAGACUUCUCAAGAAUGGGGCGCAAAUGCUGGCUAAGCCCUUUGGUAAGCCCAAACAUCUUUAAAAAAGUGAACCAGACAUCCCCCCCAAAGUCUUACUUACAUCUGAAAACACAGCUAUUAGCUUCUACUAGUUACAGGUGGGGGACUAAGGAGGUAGCCUCUUUCAGAGGCUGGGUAAGGGCUUAUGAACUAGGGAGGAGGGGGGUGGGCAGUGUUUACACAAAGAGCAACUGCACUGACUCUUGGCAUUUUCCUAGUGCUGAAGAACAUUCUGAGCUGUGCCUAGACAGAGCUACCCUAAAUGUCACACAACAUGGGCUUCACAUUGUUUUUCAGUGAAGAUUCAGGAGGUGAUGGAACCAGCUAAGCAAAUUGAGCAAAAGGCAAAAAUUCACAACUCUUCCUCAAAUGUGUUUGUGUCUUUUCCUCCUCGUGAUAUGGCUUUGAUAGAUAUAUCAUGAAGAGUAGCAUUUAGCAAUUUUUUUCCCCCUUCUAGAUCCUUCAUGUUCUUGCGCUAUCAUAAAUGCUGCUUUUCAUAUACACAAAUUCUCAAUAAUUAACAGUAAAAUAUUCUUAGCAAUAAAAUUCAUAUUUAAGUACAA